UGUUUCAGUGAGAGCAGCUUCGGAUGGCAGCCGAGGAAGAAAGGGUAGACGUCACAUGAUGGAGAGAUGCAGCCAGCCAGCAGUAGCUGCCUCCCGACUAAUCACACAGCAUUAACAUAAACCAGCUAACUCCACGGGCUAACUUGGACAGCCAUCUGCCUUUCAUUUUCUUAUUCGCUCCGAAUUAAAAAGCCGCGAAGAGCAGACAGAGAUUUGACGAACGGUGCAAAACGAAGAACAACGUCACCGUCGCGCACGGUUACCUUAGCCUCUUCUUCCAUCCAGCUGGCAGCGUCAUUUGACAAAGCAGGGAAGCCCACGGUUGGAAACUCUACCUUGGCUAGCAGCGGGCUAGCCAGCUUGCUAGCUGCUAACAUUGCUAACUGUAGUUAGCUAGCUAGCGAGCUGUGAUAAGUUGCGUCAUGGAGGAGCUUGUAGUGGAAGUGAGAGGGACAAGUGGAGCCUUUUAUAAGGCUUUUGUGAAGGACGUCCACGAGGGAUCCGUCACUGUGGCAUUUGAAAACAAUUGGCAGCCGGAGCGUCAGAUCCCGUUCCAGGACGUUCGCUUCCCCCCUCCGACAGGCUUCAGCAAAGAGAUAAAUGAAAGCGAUGAAGUUGAGGUGUACUCCAGAGCGAAUGACAAGGAGCCGUGUGGAUGGUGGCUGGCCAAGGUUCGCAUGGUCAAAGGAGAGUUUUACGUGAUCGAGUACGCGGCGUGCGACGCCACGCUGAACGAGAUCGUAACGCUGGAGCGGUUACGGCCGGUCAACCCGAACAAGCCAGCCACCAAAAGCACCUUCAUCAAGAUCAGGCUGGAAGUCCCCGAAGACCUGCGACAGAUGUGCUCCAAGGAGUCGGCGCACAAAGACUUCAAGAAAGCUGUCGGCGCGUUCAGCAUCACCUACGACUCUGAGAAAAAGCAGCUGGUCAUCUUGUCGGUGAACGAGGUCACGACAAAGCGGGCCAACAUGAUGAGCGACAUGCACUUCAGGAGCCUCCGCACCAAACUGUCGCUCAUGAUGCGGAACGAGGAGGCCAGCAGGCAGCUGGAGGCCUUUGAGUCCUUCACAGAACAGUUUGGGUUUACACUGAGAUUAACCGACACAGGUGAAAUCUGCUUCCUAUAG